CCUACUCAGCGUUAAGUGAUCGCAAUGACUUCCCGCUUUCUUUAGCACCGAAUGGGUUCAAUUUAGAAUUGUUCCGCCGGAAUUGGACUGAAUUAACUAUGGCUUACAUCAGAGACAGAUUCUUGCGCAGGCAGAAAGUAUGUCUUGUUGUGUCAGUGUUUUUGCUAAUUCUUGGACUUUUGCAGUUAAGUCUUGGUGUUUUGUUUUCACUCAAAUCUCAUAAACGCAAGUGCCACAAAGUGAAACACAUGUUAGUUGGUGUUUAUCUUGUAGUAGCUGGGAUCAGUGGCAUCGUGAGUUACUGCCCACGGCGAGCACAUAAUCCAAGCAAAAUUUCAAGAGCAACUGGAUCUAGAGGAUCAGUUGCUGUAUUUGUUAUUUUUUGCGCUUUAGUAUCAGCAGUGGUUAUUUUGGAUAAUAAUGCGCUGAAUUGUGUUUCAUCGCAUGAUACCCAUUCCCAUGAAGAACCAACCAGCGUCUUCGCAAUUCUCGGCUUGGUGGAAGUAACUGCAAUGCACUUAGGCCACCUCCUAAGCGCUUUGUGCAUAGGACUUGCAUGCCCCGAUCUUCAUUCGAAUAAAAACGGAUGGUCCAACAAGUCGGAAAAGCUCUUGAACAGUAAUGUGAAACAUAAAUCAGCUAAACAGGCUCUACAUUUACCUGAAGCUCGAACACACAUUCAAGAAGCCGCAGGAACUGGAGAUAAAGUAACCGUAGUAUCUUUACCUGAAACUGACGGCAUAGUAUACGCAGUUCCUGAAGAGCAGUAUGUCAUCAGACGUGGAGAAGCAACCUACAUGGCACCACCAGGAAACGUCAACUUGACAGCGUUUUUCCCUACUUACAGGGUUCAGCAAGAAUAGCACCUUUUAGUCACUGUUUGUAUUUUCAUAAAUGACUUUACAACAAGGUUCCAUUUUUUCUCUCUUCCAUCCUUCAAAAAUCAUAAUAUUCUUUAUGCUGUUUGGUUUCGAACUUUGCAAAUUUAGUUACAGUGUGAUUAAAGACGAGCGAUCAAAUUAAGUGCUGCAUACCUCAGUCUAAACAGAGAAAAAUAAUCUUCUUUUUAUCUUUUUUUUAAGAUCUGCAAGUUUCUGAAAUUAACUUUUUCACUUACGUAAAAAUGUUUAUACACCAUCUCCACAAAAGUCUUUGUGCUUUUUUUAUCUUGGGAAACGUUUGUCAUAGUUACAGAAAUGUUUCGAAUGACGCACAUAUUUACAUUUUUAGAUUUAUAAAAUAAAUUUUAUAAAAAUUACAAAACCCAUUUUUUUAUAUUGCUCCCAGACUUUUUUAAGUUAGUGAAAACUUACUUAUUCUGAAAAAUAAAACACAAAGUGUUUGUCCUCCAUAAGCCAAAAAUUGGCCGAGAUAGUUAAUUUUACUUUCAGAUCCUAUUCAAGAACAAUACAUUGUUUGAAGAGCAAAAUAUAUGCAUUUGUAUGUAAAUAAAAAUUAAAGAUAGCAGUUUCGGAAAAGAUAAUUUCUGAUGUUAAUGGAUUAAAUGCUUGUUAAGACAAUUUUCACUGCUAUGCAAAUUGGUUUAAAAACCUUGAUAAACAUUUUUUUUUUCCAAAACAUUCACAAAAUCUUAUAAAAUUCAUUUUCCAGAAAAUAAUAAUAGGCUUUAGUAUUGGCACAUAACCUAAUAUGUGAUAUGUUUUGCAUAAAUUAGAAAGCAAAAGUAUUUCUAGUUUAAUAACUUUUUGUAUGUCAGUUAGCAAUAAAACUGCAUGAGAUUAUAACUGAAAUCUUAUAAAUCACUUGUGCAAAAAUUCUUUUGAUGUUACCAUAUUUAAAUUUGUAAUAAAGAAUUAAACUGUAAAUUAAAAAAUGCUACAUUCUACUAAAUCACAAAAGAAUAUCAUGUUAUGACAUUUAAAGAGAAAAAAAAAAAAAAAAAAAACCUCUACUUAUUCUAAUUUUUAAUCCCUUCUGGCAAGCUGAAAAUAUAAGAAAUUUUAAAUUAAAUAUCUCAAUCAAUUUUUGUUGUAAACAAGUCCAACUUUUCUAUAAGGAGUACAAGCUUUCACUUAAUAUAACUACAAGAAUCUGGGUGCCAUGUAAAAAGUUACAUUUCGUAAUUUUUAAAAUUAAAAAUACCUAUAUGUGAAUAUCUGCGUCAUUUGAAACAUUUUUUUAUAACUAGAAAGCUAUAAACAAUUUUAGUUAGAAUUUUUAUGUAGACUUUUACUAAUAAGCUUUUUGAAUCUAUGAUGUACAUCAUAAUGUGUAAAUCUAUUAUAUUAUCAUGAAACACAUUAUAUCCUUACACUUAAAAUCGUUGUUUGAUUUUAAAUUCAUUCUGCAUGAAGUUUUAAAAGUUUCUAUUUAAUAACUUCAAAUUGUUUAGUUACAAAUCAUUUUUUUAAGAUUAAUCAUAUUACUAUCUAAUUCUGUCUAUCAUUAAAAUUUCAUUGCAUGUCCCUAAAUGUGAUAUACUUAUAUUGUUAUUGUUUAUGACUAUAAUAUAGCUUCCGAUAAAGGAUUUAUCUAAUCAAACUAAAAAAUCACUUUAGUUAAACUAUUACUAAGAUACAUUUAUGCUUUUGAUUGGAAUGUUGUCCUUUGAAAGCAAAUAGAUCAAUGAAAUGAUAAUUUAAUUUUUUCCCCAUAGCAUUGCCUCUGUUUUGGAUUUAAGCAAUUUUAAACAUUAAUUUAAUUUUAAAUAAUAAAUAAAUUUAAUUUUAUUUUGAUUACAAAGUUUUAUCAUGUAACAGUGGCAUGGUGGGGCAAGGUGAGACGUCUGUACCCGGGGGCAGCUUUCGAGGUGGCGCCAAAUUGAUGUUAUCAAAUUUUAGAAUGAAAUGUUUUCCAUUCUUGGCACACAGAAAGGGGGCACAAAAUCUUCAGUUGUCCCUGGGCGCUGAAAACCUUAACUACACUUCUGUCAUGUAGACAUUUAAAUUUAGAAACUAUGUAUUUCAACAUGUUAAUUGAAAUAAAAUGGAUUAUAAAUUGCAAA